CACCAUUUCACUUCUCAGAGAACUCCUCCAUAACGUUUCGGCAAAAUGACUGCAGCAGCUCUUCUCCUCCUGCUAAUGCCCCUCCUACUCUGCUCUGCUGAUGCAGAUAAGAUCACAAUUGCAGCUAAAACUGGAGACAAUGUAUCUUUGCCAUGUGAUGCUAGCAACUUCAAGCCCAUCAAAACUGUAGAGUGGAGCAGACCUGAUGAGGAGAACAAAUAUGUAAUUUUCUGUCCGAACCAAAAUUCAGAUCCAGUUAUCACAGAAGAUCAGUAUAAAAACAGAGUGGAGCUACUGAACAGAACAAAUGGAAAUGUGACAAUAGUUUUACACAAUGUGGGAACUAAUGACAGUGGAAUAUAUGAGUGUUAUGUCCAAGGAGGAGGAGGACGGACAAAGAGAGCGGUCAGACUGAUCAGCACCGUCAGCCUGGAUGUAGCUCCUCCUGCUCCUCAAGGGAACAUGGAUGGAAACAGAGGAGAAGGAGGGAAUGAGGAUGGAGGGAAUAAAGACGGGUUAGGGGUCAGUCGAAGUCAUGUUGUCCUGAUGGUGGCUGUAGCUGCUGUAGCUGCUGUCAUUGUUUCCAUGGUGAUAGUUAUUAGGAGGAAGAAGAUCAAGACUCCUUCUUCUUUUCUCCCUGAAGAUGCACAGAAUCCUCAGUUGAUCUGACUGAAAGUUGUUGAUGUUUCUGGAUCAUCAGCCAAAGCAGAAACAACGUCGUCUUUAGUCAAUAAGAACAAGCUAAUGUCAGCAACUGGGACAUUUUUUAUUUUGUUCUCAUAUUUAAAUGUAAAUAUGACAAAAA